AACCAGCAGCUGGAGCUGCAGUCUACGGGCGGUGUGUAGACUGUGCGUGCUUUUAUGGGUGGAGACUGAGGUCCUCCAAAACAUACAUAUUACAGAGCCAGCUUCAUCAUGAGCAGCAAUAUUAUCACAGGCCUUGUUAGGACCUGAAAAUUAUUUUUGAUCAGUUGGUUUUAAGUCCUUCACAUACCGUGAAGUACAUAGGAUCCGUUUGCUAACGUUACAAAGCCAGAGAGAUGAGCCAGGAGGAGCAGGUAUCCGAGGAUAAGCCUGCAUACCUCAAAGAUGAGCCAGGAGAUACAGACAACAACAAGGACCACCCUGAGACACAGUCAGGCAUGUUGGGCAGGCUGGCGGGUGGCUUAUAUGGUGCCACCAAGGGAGCUUUAGGAAUGACGGUGGGCGGCGUGACCUGGAUCGGAGGAAGGAGCCUAGACCUCACCAAGACUGCUGUCACCUCUGUAGCUGCUGUGCCUGCGAUGGGAGUGGGGCUGGUUAAAGGAGGAGUGUCUGCUGUAGCUGGAGGAGUGUCUGCUGUAGCUGGAGGAGUGUCUGCUGUCGGUUCUGCAGUAGUCAGUAAAGUUCCCAUAGGUGGAAGCAAAAAGAAAGACAAGUCUGAUUGA